CAGAAUAGAAGGAAAAUGAACCAACUGCAGGCUUUGCUGAAUGACAGUCUUAUCAGAACAGAGCAUGUAGAAAACGCAGCUAUCAUCGACAUAAAGGAAAGACAAGUCUGUGCAUCAACCUUUGGCUUUAAUGUGCCACCAGAGAAUGCUUUGAACCUUAUCUAUACUUUCUACAAGAACUUAUUGCAAGUUAGAAGGGGAGGACUCUACUUCAAGGAGAAGUACUACAAAUGUGUCCGCGCAGAUGAGCAUUCCAUCUAUCUUCAAAACCCAGAUGGAGGCCUGAUAGUUGUGAAGACAAAGACUUUCAUCCUGGUUGCUACUUACAGAGUGGGCACGUAUCCCAGUGUGUGCGUGGAAGCUGUGGAGAAACUAGAGAAAAUGUUGGCAGCCUGUUUUGAUUGCCCAGGAGGCCCAGAAAAUCUCUACGUGAAAGAAGUGAUGAAACCACAUCCAGGAGAAGGAGAAGUUCUAUUGAAGGUCUCUGCCAGUGCUCUCAAUAGGGCUGAUUUACUCCAGAGGAGAGGGAAGUAUCCUCCCCCCAAAGGAGCAAGUGAUAUUUUAGGCUUGGAAGCAGCUGGGAGUGUGGCUGGGCUCGGACCUGGCUGCAGGGGCCAGUGGAAGAUUGGCGAUGCAGUGAUGGCUCUGCUCUCCGGAGGUGGCCAGGCAGAAUAUGUUACAGUACCCGAAGGCUACCUGAUGCCAAUUCCCAAUGAUAUGACUUUUAUUCAGGCUGCAGCCAUUCCCGAAGCCUGGUUAACAGCCUUUCAGCUGCUGCAUUUUGUAGGUAAAAUACAGAAGGGCGAGAGAGUGCUGAUCCACGCUGGAGCUAGUGGAGUUGGUAUGGCAGCCAUUCAGCUGGUAAGACUGGCAAAAGCUAUUCCCAUCGUGACAGCAGGAACUCAAGAGAAACUGAAAGCAACAGCAAACGCCGGAGCAGCUGCAGGGUUCAACUACAAGAAUGAAGAUUUUAGUGAAAAGGUCUUGGAGUUCACCCAAGGUUCUGGAGUAGACAUUAUUUUAGAUUGUGUUGGUGGCUCAUACUGGGAGAAGAAUCUCAACUGUCUGACUACUGAUGGCCGGUGGAUUAUUUAUGGACUGCUGAGUGGAAGUGAAGUACAUGGAGAUUUGCUUGCAAGGCUGCUUUCCAAAAGAGCAAGCAUCCAUACAAGUCUAUUACGAUCACGAGACAAGGAGUAUAAGGAACGGCUGGUGAAAGCCUUCACGGAAGAUGUGCUGCCGUAUUUUUCUGGAGGAACCUCCCCUCAUCUUCAACCAUUUGUCGACAGCGUUUACCCUCUGCACGAGAUUGCAGAAGCACACAGGAUCAUGGAAGAAAACAAGAAUAUUGGCAAAAUUGUCAUCGAAAUGCCUGCUUCAUCUUAAAGAAAGGCCUACUGCCGUAGUUGUUUCAGGGACAGAAUCAUUACAGGUGUUUGACAAGCACAGAAUCUGCCGUUUCUGCUUCUUCCAAACCUGGAAUGAUUUAUUGCGGGAGGAAGCCAAAAAGGAGGGGUAAAGCAAAGCCUUACAGG